AUGAAAUACGAUACACCAGCUCUCGUAUUUGAUAUAGUCAAGAAAUGGAAUCGGGCUCGUGCAUCCGUAAUGACGCUUCGUCACGGUCCCGUGCUGACUCCCGUGUUUAUGCCCGUUGGGACGAAAGGCACGAUAAAAGGACUCACGCCCGAUCAAAUGCGUGACGAACCCAUGGAUUGUCAAAUUUUACUCGGUAAUACCUACCAUCUCAGCAGCAAGCCGGGUGCGCAGGAAGUUGCAGACUUUGGCGGCUUGCACAAGUUCAUGCAGUGGGACCGUAACAUUCUAACGGACAGCGGCGGUUUCCAGAUGGUGUCUCUUCUGGAUUUAGCGGAAAUCACCGAAAACGGCGUUGUUUUCCGCCACCCCGCCGAUGGUUCGCGUCUGGUCCUCCGUCCCGAAGACAGCAUCCACUACCAGAACCUCAUCGGCGCGGACAUCAUCAUGGCUCUGGACGAUGUCGUCCACAGCUGCACCAACGACGACGCCCGCUUCACAGAAGCGACCCACCGCACCGUACGCUGGCUGGACCGCUGCAUCGCUGCGCACAGCCGCAAGGACGAGCAGAAUCUGUUCGCGAUCGUGCAGGGCGGUCUGGACGUCAGCGACAACGGCCUUCGAAACCAGUGUCUCGACGCCUUCCUCGAGCGAGCCGACAGCAUUCCGGGCUUUGCGAUCGGCGGCCUGGCCGGAGGCGAAGACAAGGAGUCGUUUUGGCGGGUGGUGGAGCUGUGCACGCGGCGCCUCCCCGCGGAUAAGCCGCGGUAUGUGAUGGGCGUGGGGUAUCCGCUGGACAUUGUGGUGUGCACAGCGCUGGGCGCCGACAUGUACGACUGCGUGUAUCCGUCGCGAACGGGGCGGUUCGGGACGGCGAUGGUUCCGUGGGGCUUGCUGAAGCUGAAGAGCAAGGCGUGCGCGGAGGACCUGCGUCCGAUCGAUCCGGACUGCACGUGCCGGACGUGCAAAAAUUAUUCGCGCGCGGCGCUGCACCAGCUGUGCAAGAAGGAGGCGUUGGGAGCGAGUCUGGUGACGGAGCACAACCUGCAUUAUAUGAUCCAUUUCAUGCGGGAGAUGCGAAUGAGCAUUAUCGAGGGGCGGUUUGACGCGUUCGUGAGGGAGUUCAUGAGGAAGUACUUCCCGAAGGGAGACGUUCCGAAGUGGUGCGUCGACGCGCUGCGUGUGGCAGGAAUCGAUUUAGUAGAGUCAUCGAGUGUUUGUGUUCAAACAGAGGAAAUAAUGGACUGGAUGUAG